GUUGUUGCUGGCUGCCUUGCCUUUUCCUCCCGUGACAAAGCAUAAAUCACGGACACCCGAGAAUAAGUCAGGUUGACCUCAGGACUUGCGACUGGCUGGCUGGCAGUCUAGCUAACCAACCCCCUGGACCUAAGGGUGGUGAAUGGUGGAGUGCUUUCAGCCUUCCUUCCUUCUCUGGAUCCCAAGGUGGGAAUAAAAAAGAAAAAAGAAAAAAACAAAAACAAGAACCCAAACGCAAAACCAUGAGUUGUGUGCCCUGGAAAGGAGACAAAGCCAAAUCUGAGUCCUUGGAAUUGCCCCAAGCAGCGCCCCCCGAGAUCUACCACGAGAAGCAGCGCCGGGAACUGUGCGCCCUGCACGCCCUCAACAACGUCUUCCAGGACGGCGAGGCCUUCACCAGGGAGACCUUGCAGGAGAUUUUCCAGAGGCUGUCCCCCAACACCAUGGUGACCCCCCACAAGAAGAGCAUGCUGGGGAACGGGAACUACGACGUGAAUGUCAUCAUGGCAGCUCUUCACAAAGGCUACGAGGCGGUGUGGUGGGACAAGCGCAGGCCUGAGCGCCGCUCUGCUUCUGCAGGGGACGUGGGUGCCAUGGCCCUCACGAACGUCAUGGGCUUCAUCAUGAACCUGCCGUCCAGCCCUGUGCUGGGACCCCUGAAACAGCCCCUCAAAAGGCAGCACUGGAUCUGCGUCCGCGCAGUGGGCGGCACUUACUACAAUCUGGACUCGAAGCUCAAGGGACCCGAGUGGAUCGGCGGCGAAAGCGAGCUCAGGAAGUUUCUCAAACAGCAUUUGCGGGGAAAGAACUGUGAACUCCUGCUGGUGGUCCCCGAGGAGGAGGAGGCCCGGCAAAGCUGGAGGGCUGACGUGUGACGUAUAACCCGUGCCCCCAAACAUCUCAGCGGGGGUCCCUCAGCGUGGACAGUGCAAUAGGACAGUGUGGGGACUGUUGCAAGAACCAACCAGCAUUACCUACUCCUGGGGCAGGAGGGGUGUGGAGGGGACUUGGG